AAUCUUUUGGACAGAGAUACAUUUUCUAAAUCUGAUCCAAUCUGUGUUUUGUACACACAAGCCAUUGGAAACAAAGAAUGGAGAGAGUUUGGAAGAACAGAAGUAAUUGAUAAUACUUUAAAUCCAGAUUUUGUAAGAAAAUUUAUAAUGGACUACUUCUUUGAAGAAAGAGAGAAUCUACGAUUUGAUUUUUACGAUGUUGACUCAAAGAGUCCCAACCUAUCAAAACAUGAUUUUUUGGGACAGAUGUUUUGUACACUGGGAGAAAUAGUUGGAUCACAGGGGAGCAGACUGGAAAAAUCAAUUGUAGGAAUUCCUGGGAAAAAAUGUGGGACAGUCAUAGUAACAGCAGAAGAACUAGGCUGUUGCCGAGAUUCAGUUUUGAUGCAGUUUUGUGCUAACAAGCUAGACAAGAAGGACUUCUUUGGGAAAUCUGAUCCUUUCCUUGUAUUUCAUCGAAGCAAUGAAGAUGGCAGUUUUACAAUCUGCCACAAAACAGAAGUUGUAAAAAAUACAUUAAAUCCAGUGUGGCAGGCAUUCAAGAUUUCUGUCAGAGCACUGUGUAAUGGAGACUAUGACCGGACAAUUAAAGUAGAAGUGUAUGAUUGGGAUAGAGAUGGAAGCCAUGAUUUCAUCGGAGAAUUCACAACAAGUUACAGAGAAUUGUCGAGAGGGCAAUCUCAGUUCAAUGUCUAUGAGGUAAUAAAUCCGAAGAAAAAAGGAAAAAAGAAAAAGUAUGUUAAUUCUGGAACAGUAACAUUGCUUUCCUUCCUAAUUGAAACAGAAGUUUCAUUCCUUGACUAUAUUAAAGGCGGAACCCAAAUCAAUUUCACAGUAGCUAUUGAUUUCACAGCCUCAAAUGGAAACCCUUCACAGCCUACUUCACUGCACUACAUGAAUCCCUAUCAGCUGAAUGCUUAUGGCAUGGCACUGAAAGCAGUAGGUGAAAUAAUUCAGGACUAUGAUAGUGAUAAAAUGUUCCCAGCUCUAGGUUUUGGAGCUAGACUGCCUCCAGAUGGAAGAGUAUCACAUGAAUUUGCACUGAAUGGAAACCCUCAAAAUCCAUACUGCCAUGGAAUUGAUGGUGUAAUGGAGGCAUAUUACAGGAGUCUAAAAUCUGUACAGCUUUAUGGACCAACAAACUUUGCUCCUGUAAUUAAUCAUGUAGCCAGAUAUGCUGCUUCAGUAAAAGAUGGCUCCCAGUAUUUUGUUCUUCUCAUUAUUACAGAUGGAGUUAUUUCUGAUAUGGCUCAGACAAAAGAAUCCAUAGUGAAUGCUUCAAAGCUUCCAAUGUCAAUAAUCAUAGUGGGAGUAGGACCAGCAGAGUUUGAUGCUAUGGAAGAACUGGAUGGUGAUGUAGUGAGGAUUUCUUCAAGAGGAAAGUUUGCAGAAAGAGACAUUGUGCAGUUUGUGCCAUUCCGAGAUUACAUUGACAGAAGUGGAAACCACGUUUUAAGUAUGGCAAGACUUGCUAAAGAUGUUUUAGCUGAGAUCCCAGAGCAGUUUCUGUCCUACAUGAGAGUCAGAGGAAUAAAGCCAUCACCUGCACCACCACCCUAUACACCCCCAAUUCACGUGUUGCAGACUCAGAUAUGACUGCUCCAAAGUGCUUAGCAUUUAUCACAAGUCAAGAGUCUCUGGAUGCAGCAGUAGCUUCUGAUAACAUUUUGGAGCUAGAAAAAUUUUCUUCACAUACCAAAAUUCUCCUAUGGUUGCAUGAGCAACUGGAAAGCUUAAAUGCUAGGAGAAAAAUGUUGAUGUUCUCCCCUUUUUUCUUUUUUU